AUGUCUGGAAGGAAGCACGUGCCGCGACCGCUCUCGGUGUUCAAACAAACAUCACGGGCAUCAAAGUUAUUGGCACUAGUGCCACCAAUUAACGCCUUAUCAGACGUAGAAAAUCAAAACAGUUCGAAUGAAGAGAUUGUUAUAAGCACAUGCCGCCAAGACAGUGACGAUUUGUCCUCUGAAGCCCCAUCUAUACUGUCGUCAUUAGAAAAUUUAGAUAUUUCCGAAGGCGAUGAAGAUAGGAAUAAUGCUUCUGAAGAUGAGAUACCCAAUAGCGAGCUAGAAGAUCAAGAACUAGCAGUGCCUCUAACACCAAUUAUCAACCAAGUGUUGCCGUUGACCAGCAUGUCGGGAAUUGUAUAUGACUUCUUGCUUUAUGGAGGUGAAGACACAUUCAGAUAUAUCCAGUUUACACAAGCCGAAGAAACCUUAACUUUAGGAGCUAAAGUUGUCAUUGCUUUAUGCAAGAAAAUACAGAUGAGAGCCUGCGUCGUAUAUUUUGAUAAUUACUUCUCGACUCUAGAUUUGGCAAUACACCUUAGAGACGAAUGUGGUGUAUUUAGUUUAGGCACUAUACGCCAAAACCGGCUAAAAGGUUGUGAAAAACUACUGAUGAGUGAUAAAUCUUUAAAAAAGAAAGGCAGAGGCUCCUAUUGUCAAGUCGUUGACAAUGACAAUAAGGUAGCUACAGUUAAAUGGUACGAUAAUAAGGUGGUCACUCUCAUCAGUACUUACGCUGAUGCUUACCCUGUAGGUAAAAUGAAGAGGUACAGCAAGGAAAUGAAAGCACGAGUUGAUGUGGACUGUCCGGAACUCAUAAAGCAUUACAAUAGUAACAUGGGAGGCGUCGAUCUCGCAGAUUAUGCUGGUUGCGUUGUAUCGGACUUCUUAUAA